AUGAAAUCUGCGGCAUUCUGGGCUCUUCUCCCCUCCUUGCUGAGCGCGAGCUUGGUCUACGCUGUGGUUCCGAUCUCGAGCGUCAAGGGGAAGUCCAACCUGCCAUUUGUUCCGAAUAAAUUCAUCAUCGAAGUUGAUACUCUAUCGGAUAUCCCAACGAAGCGUUCGUUUACUAGAUCUUUGGAUGCCGUCUACGCCUCUUUGCAAAAUAGGGCUAUCAAGUUUGACGUUACCAAAGAAUUCGACUCCAAUGGUGUUUUCGUAGGCGCAGCUGUGGUCCUCAACGAUGUCGCAGCGAUUGCCAGCACCCCAGGAGUGAAAGCAAUCCGUCCGGUCGUACGGUUCGCCCAACCGAACCCAGUGAAGUCGCAUGUCGUUACUGGACCAACUGACUCGCAGCUUCCGGUCGACUCUGAAUCGACCCAUGUGCUCACAGGAGUAGACAAGCUGCACGCGCAAGGGAUAUCUGGCGCAGGUAUCAAGAUUGGAAUUAUUGAUACAGGCACCGACUACACACAUCCUUCAUUGGGAGGUGGUAUUGGACCCGGUCAUAAAGUUAUCGGAGGGUUCGACUUUGUUGGUGACGCUUAUGAUGGUACAAACACACCAGUCCCUGAUCCCGAUCCUCUUGACCAAUGUAACGGACACGGAACCCAUGUUGCUGGAAUUAUUGGGGCGAACCCAGGUAACGCAUUCAACAUCAGCGGUGUAGCUUUUAGCGCGUCGAUCUCCUCCUAUCGUGUAUUUGGAUGCACAGGAUCGGUCACGGAUGAUAUUCUCGUCGAAGCCCUUCUACAAGGUGUGAAAGACGGACAAGACAUUUUGACUCUUUCUCUGGGUGGUGCCGACGGUUGGACGGAGGGCACGGCAACUGUCGUAGCGAGCAGAAUUGCAGGCGCCGGCAAGAUAGUGACUAUUGCUGCUGGAAAUGACGGUGCAUUUGGGUCGUGGUUUACUUCUGGACCAGGAAACGGUAUCAAUGUAAUCUCCGCUGCUAGUCUCGACAACACUGUUAUUCCUCUGCAGAACGCGACUGUGCAUGGCGUUGACCAUCCUCCCAUCACAUAUUUCGACACCUUCCCGCUUCCUGUUCCCGGAAACCUUCCGAUCUUUGCUACGUCGAAUGACACGACCGUCGUCGAUGACGCGUGCAACCCUCUUCCAGACAGCACCCCCGACCUGUCCAAAUUCGUGGUCGUCGUUCGUCGUGGUACCUGUACCUUCGUCCAGAAAUUGACCAACAUUGCGGCGAAAGGAGGACAGGUCUCGUUGAUUUACGAUAACGGAAAUGGAUUUGCUGAUAUCACAGUCGGAAACUUUACCGCCGUCCUCAUCCAAGCUGCCGACGGUGAAUUCCUUGUACAACAAUUUGCUGCAGGUGUACCCGUCACCAUCUCCUUCCCGCAGACCGGCGGCUCUUUCAACUUCCCAGACCCUGCAGGUGGUCUCAUCUCAUCUUUCACAAGCUACGGCCCAACAAACGACUUCUUCUUCAAACCCGCCGUGGCCGCACCGGGCGGGAACAUCCUCUCAACAUUCCCCGUCCCGCUCGGCUCGUUCGCCGUGCUCUCCGGCACAUCAAUGGCCACGCCCUUCCUCGCCGGAAGCUCUGCGUUGCUGCUGAGCGUGAAGGGCAAGUCGGCGGCGGUGGCGACGUCCGCGCGGACGCUUUUUGAGACGACGGCGCAGAUGAUUGGAUCGAGUAAGACGGAUGGUGCGCCGCUACAGACGCUCACGCAGCAGGGCGCGGGCUUGGUCAAUGUGUUCAAUGCGAUUCAUACGACGACGGUUGUCUCGCCUGGAGAGUUGAUUUUGAAUGAUACGGCUAAUUUUAAUCCUGUGCAUCAGUUUACAGUGAAGAACACUGGAACUUCGGCAAAGACGUUCAAGCUGUCGCAUAUCCCAGCCGGCACCGCGUUGACUGUCCAAGCAGGCACAAUCUUCGCCUCAGACGGACCGGUACCCCUCGUCCCCGCCGGCGCAUCCGUUACACUCGCACCCCCAACCUUCACCCUCCGACCAGGGCAAACCCAAACCAUCACAGCCAUCUUCCACCCACCCCCCCAAUCCGCAUUCGAUACUUCCACAUUCCCCGUAUACUCUGGCUUUAUCCAGAUCGCCGGCCCCUCUGCGCUUGAUAUUCUUCACGUCAGCUACCUGGGGCUUUUGGGGAGUUUGAGGGAGAAGCAGGUGGUGGAUGAUACGGAUGUCUUUUUUGGGGUGCCGUUACCUGCCCUACUGGAUUCGCAGGGGGAUGUGCAGGAUUCGCCGACGAAUUAUACGUUUGUGGGGGAUGAUGUGCCGACGCUUUUAUGGAGAUUGGCGUUCGGAACACCCGCGUUCCGCGUAGACCUCGUCAAUGCGAAUAUCAACUUUAAACCGACCAUCACCUCGCGUGCUCUAGGAGGGUUUGGGGGACUUGGACCAUUCUUCAGCUUCCCGUCGCCGCAUGGAGGCGGCACGUUCGCGCAGGUCAAGAUUGUAGGCGCGCUGGCCGAGUUUGAUUUUGUGAGCCGGAACGACGAUGACACAAGCGCGACAGGCGACGGCUUCAGCUCGUUCGUGCUCGACACGCCGACGUUCGCGAACGGGACGACGAUCCCGAACGGCGCGUACCGCGUGCUGGUGCGCGCGUUGAGGGUUACGGGUAAUCCGGCGCGAGAGGAGGAUUGGGAGUCGUGGUUGAGUCCUGUUGUUGGUGUGUUUGCGUAG